AUGGAGGAGAAAGCUAAGUUUUUUCUUCCGAUUGAAGAAGAAAAUGGUGAUUCGGACGCUGACAAGAAACAGAAGAACAAGAGGAAAAGUGUUUCAAAAGUUUACCGUGGUAAUUACAACGAUUUACCCAUGUUCAAGUAUAUAAGAGACAAUAUCAUUGGAUCAGAUUUGGUCGUCAAAGGUCCAUAUGGUCCGGUAAAAGUUGUCUACUGCGACUUCACAGCCUCAGGUCGGUCUCUCACUUUUAUAGAGGAUUACAUCCGAAAUUACGUCCAGCCAUUUUAUGGAAAUACACACACAACAACCAGCAUUAAUUCCCGCCAGACAAGUCGCUUUCGUGACGAUGCAAGGGAACUCAUCCGAAAUGCUGUGAAUGCAACCGACGAUGACGUAGUUAUCUUCACGGGAACCGGGUGCACUGGAGCUAUUCACAAACUGAUUGGAGGCCUUGACCUGAAGAAUUCUGCCGACAUAGAGAAAACGGUUGUUAUUAUUGGUCCUUACGAACAUCAUUCCAAUAUUCUGCCUUGGAUGGAACUUGGAUUGAAGACUUGUCAAUUGGAGAAAAAGAAAUUUGAUAUCAUUGCAGCUUUUUCUGCCGCAAGCAAUGUGACAGGAAUUCUCACAGACACAGAUGUUGUGACCAAACUUAUCCAUAAGUAUGGUGGUCUCUCCAUGUGGGAUUACGCCACUGCUGGUGCUUAUGUUAAAGUAAAUAUGAACCCAAAUGUCCAAGCAGCUCAUAAAGAUGCUGUUUAUCUUAGUCCACACAAAUUUGUUGGAGGCCCAGGUACCCCAGGUCUCUUAAUUGCGAAAAAGAAACUUUUCAAAAAUGUUGUCCCUGACCAUGUUGGUGGUGGAACCGUCCUCUUUGUAACCAGAGACAGCCAUCUUUACUUGAAGGAUAUUGAAAGCCGAGAGGAAGGAGGAACACCUGGAAUUAUUGAAUCGAUUCGAGCCGGAAUGGUUUUCCAAUUGAAAGAGGCAGUUGGACCGAAUAACAUUGAGCAACGAGAGGAAGAUCUUUGUCGACGAGCUUUUGCCAAAUGGAAGAACAAUGCCAACCUUAUGAUACUUGGAAGUCACUCCAGUCGAAGACUUCCAAUUUUCUCCUUUCUCGUUCGACACCCACAAAGCAACAAACUCCUUCAUCACAAUUUUGUCUCCAGUGUCCUAAAUGAUAUGUUCGGUAUCCAGGCUAGGGGAGGUUGUGCUUGUGCUGGACCAUAUGCAACUGAUUUAUUGGGAAUUUCUGAAGAACUUUUUGCGAAAUUCUCGUGGUUUUUGAAGUCUCAGUGUGAAUAUGGCAAAGGAUGUGAGAAAUGUAUUGAAAAUACUUUAGAGGUGAUGAGACCAGGUUUCACUCGUCUGAACUUGCCAUUUUUUUAUGAGGAUAAAACAAUUGAUUAUAUUUUGGAUGCUGUUGAUUUUGUGGCCACUCAUGCAUGGAAAUUGCUUCCAUUUUAUAUUUGUGAACCUCACACAGGUGCAUGGGUUCAUCAGAACUUCUAUGACCAUUAUGGCGAAUCCUUCUUCAGCCUUGCAGAUAUUGUCUAUGAAAAUGGUCAAUGCUUUAAUACAAAUCCCUGUCCAGCAUCUUUGGAUACCACAUGUGAUCUACAGGACGUCACUGAUGAUGCUCAUGAAGUGAUUGUUGCUGUGGAAAAUAACCUCGAGUUUUCUGAGGAUCAGCUAAAUGACAACGUAGAUGAUCAGAUUCCAGAGAACAAAAAGCAACUACGUUGGUUUCUUACUUCCAGUGAAGCGUUAUCAAUCAUGAAAAGUGGCAACUAUUCUUCCAUCUCCAACACCCUGGAUAAGACUGAUAAUCCAGUGUUUAUGCCAAGACCCCCAUCAGUCAGAAGAUUGAGUAUGGAUGCUUCUUACAGACAAUCAAUGCAGAGAAUAUUGUCAUGGACCAACAAAAUAUAG